UAUCCAACAUAAGGACAUGCAUGGGCUUUAUAAUUCAGUCCAGUUUGUGGAGAAACAGCAGCUGUCUGGAAAGGUUCCUCAAACAAGACCAUGGAAACAAACAUCAUAUAUUUGUGGUUUUGUGCUUUUGCAUUAGUUCAUGGAAAUCAAGAGACUUCACCACAACCUCCCAUCAGUGAUAAACUCCCAUCAUUAAUAAAGAUGAACAAUGAUUUUGCUUUUGACCUGUACAAGAGGCUUGUAGAAAUGCCAGAGUAUCGGUCCAAGAACAUCUUCUUCUCUCCCCUCAGCAUAUCCAUGGCCCUUUCUGAGCUGUCUUUAGGAGCCGGUGGAGAAACCAAAGAGCAGCUUCUCAGCGGCAUCGGCUAUAACAGCUCGGUCUUCAGCACUGAAGAAAUGCACCAGAUGUUCCACAGUCUCCUGGAAGAAAUCGACCAGAGGACGGGGGUGGACAUCGAUGUUGGCACUGCUGUAUAUGCAAGCGACAAAUCAAAGCUCCUUCCUGAGUUCUUGAAGGAGAUAAAGGAGUUUUACCACUCUGAUGGCUUCACUGUGGAUUUCAGCAUCAAAGAAACACUGGAUAAAAUUAACACAUAUGUGAGGAAAAGACACGGGAAAAUAGAACAAGCUGUUGAUGAUCUGGAAUCUGACACUUUGAUGUUUCUUCUCACUUACAUAUAUUUUAAAGGAAAAUGGGACAUGCCAUUUAACCCAAGCAAGACCCGACAGAGUACAUUUCAUGUGGACGCUGAAACCACCGUUCCAGUACAAAUGAUGCACCAGUAUGAAUCCCUCAAAGUUUAUUAUGAUGUGGAACUCACAACUAAAGUCCUCUGUCUAGACUACAACGACUCUUUCUCCAUGUUUCUGGCUGUACCAGACAAUCAUAGGCCUGCUAAGACCAUCAAAGAUCUGGAGAUGGCCAUCUCUAGACAGCACAUUGAAAAGUGGAGGGGAGCUGUCAGAAAAAGAAAAACUGAUAUCUUUGUCCCCAAGCUCUCUCUGAAGACAUCAUAUUCCCUGAAAGAUAUUUUGAAAGGAAUGGGAAUGGCUGAUAUGUUUACAGAUAAAGCCAACUUCACAAGGAUUUCAGAGGAAAAAAUGCUAAUUUCAAAGGUUUUGCAUAAGGCCACUCUGGAUAUAGAUGAGAAAGGAACCACAGCAGCAGCAGUGACAACUGUUGAAUUCGGACCAAUGUCCUACAGCCCACUGGACACUUUGAGUUUUGACCGUCCAUUCAUGAUGUUUAUCACUGACCAAAAAAAUGACAACAUCCUCUUCUUUGGAAAAGUUGUCAAUCCGGUGGAAAAACAACAGAGAUACUCAAAAAAAAGUAAACAGAUUAAAGGUUGUUUUAUGAUCAAAUAUAAGGACAUGCAUGGGCUUUAUAAUUUAGUCCAGUUUAGGGAAAGACAAAUGUCAGAAGUCUGGAAAGGUUCCUCAAACAAGACCAUGGAAAGGAACAUCAUAUAUUUGUGGUUUUGUGCUUUUGCAUUAGUUCAUGGAAAUCAAGAGACUUCACCACAACCUCCCAUCAGUGAUAAACUCCCAUCAUUAAUAAAGAUGAACAAUGAUUUUGCUUUUGACCUGUACAAGAGGCUUGUAGAAAUGCAGUAUCGGUCCAAGAACAUCUUCUUCUCUCCCCUCAGCAUAUCCAUGGCCCUUUCUGAGCUGUCUUUAGGAGCCGGUGGAGAAACCAAAGAGCAGCUUCUCAGCGGCAUCGGCUAUAACAGCUCGGUCUUCAGCACUGAAGAAAUGCACCAGAUGUUCCACAGUCUCCUGGAAGAAAUCGACCAGAGGACGGAGGUGGACAUCGAUGUCGGCACUGCUGUAUAUGCAAGCGACAAAUCAAAGCUCCUUCCUGAGUUCUUGAAGGAGAUAAAGGAGUUUUACCACUCUGAUGGCUUCACUGUGGAUUUCAGCAUCAAAGAAACACUGGAUAAAAUUAACACAUAUGUGAAGGAAAAGACACACGGGAAAAUAGAACAAGCUGUUGAUGAUCUGGAAUCUGACACUUUGAUGUUUCUUCUCACUUACAUAUAUUUUAAAGGAAAAUGGGACAUGCCAUUUAACCCAAGCAAGACCCAUCAGAGUACAUUUCAUGUGGACGCUGAAACCACCGUUCCAGUACAAAUGAUGCACCAGUUUGAAUCCCUCAAAGUUUAUUAUGAUGUGGAACUCACAACUAAAGUCCUCUGUCUAGACUACAACGACUCUUUCUCCAUGUUUCUGGCUGUACCAGACAAUCAUAGGCCUGCUAAGACCAUCAAAGAUCUGGAGAUGGCCAUCUCUAGACAGCACAUUGAAAAGUGGAGGGGAGCUGUCAGAGAAAGAAAAACUGAUAUCUUUGUCCCCAAGCUCUCUCUGAAGACAUCAUAUUCCCUGAAAGAUAUUUUGAAAGGAAUGGGAAUGGCUGAUAUGUUUACAUAUAAAGCCAACUUCACAAGGAUUUCAGAGGAAAAAAUGCUAAUUUCAAAGGUUUUGCAUAAGGCCACUCUGGAUAUAGAUGAGAAAGGAACCACAGCAGCAGCAGUGACAACAGUUGAAUUCGGACCAAUGUCCUACAGCCCACUGGACACUUUGAGUUUUGACCGUCCAUUCAUGAUGUUUAUCACUGACCAAAAAAAUGACAACAUCCUCUUCUUUGGAAAAGUUGUCAAUCCGGUGGAAAAACAGUAAUGUGACAUUUAAGAUGUCAGGACAACAUUAGCCAGAAGAUGGCCAUGAUUUAAAAACUGUUGUGCUGUUUUAUUGCUGACUCUACAGUUUGCAUGUUUGAUGUAGAACAGAUGUACACAGUCUUUCUUCUAGAGGUUCACCUUCCUCCUGAGUUUAGUUCUAAUGCAUAUCAAACACCAGGGCCAUCUUAUUAAUGUCUUUUGAUAUAGAUGACCUGCAGGACUGACAAGCAGGCUUUGCUAGAUCUCUGCCGAAUUAUAUAAAAGUUGUAAAAAGUUGUAAAAAACAGACCUAUGUCUUGCAUGAAUUUCCCCCAACUGUGUGAGUGUGUGUGUUCAACCCAAAAAGUUCAACCCAAAAUGAAAAUUAAUUACUCACCCUCAUGUUGUUCCAAACCCGUAAAGACGUAAUUUAUCGUCAGAACACAAAUGAAGAUUUGUUUUCUAAAAUUACCCGUGAACGUAACAGGCGUUCACAGAUACUUAGGGGGAAAGUGCACAUGUGUUGUAAUGCAGAUGAUGUAACUCAUGGUGAAAAGAAUGGUUGAGUAAAUAAUAUUAGUUCUGUUUUCUCGUAGCGUCAUAUACAUGUAAUUAAGUUCCAAUACAAAAUUGAAACAAUACUCAAAAUUUGCUUUUGAGAUGGAUAUCACGGUAAAUAAGUCCUGGCGUAUUGUCCAGAGAAGAAAACUGUAGAGAGUUUCAGGUAACUGUCACAUAUUUUUCAAUAUAAGAAAUAAAAUCUAAUUUCCGAA